AUGUGUCUUUGCCGUCAUCUGCAUAUGUUUCUCACAAUUGCUAGUGAAGAUGCUAUUGAAAUUGCUAAGCUUCUUGCAUUGAAAGAAGGAUUGCUGGUGGGCAUUUCUUCUGGGGCGACGGCUGCUGCGGCAAUAAAGAUAGCAAAGAGGCCAAAAAAUGCUGGGAAACUCGUUGUUAUUGCUAGUGAAGAUGCUAUUGAAAUUGCUAAGCUUCUUGCAUUGAAAGAAGGAUUGCUGGUGGGCAUUUCUUCUGGGGCGACGGCUGCUGCGGCAAUAAAGAUAGCAAAGAGGCCAAAAAAUGCUGGGAAACUCGUUGUU